AUCCAGAGGCCGAUUGGAUGUCAGACUCCAGCGAGAACUUUACCCUCCCAAAGCUGCCCCCUCCGCGGCCGCUGAGGGGAGGACUGAGAAAUGGUGCGGUCAGUGACCAGCUGGCAGGCCUGGAACAUUUACUUUCCACUGCACCUGCUGGACUUUUGCAACAGGUAAAUUCUAUUUUUUUAUUAAUGUUAUGCUUCAUGGCAUUUAUUUUCAUCCAAAUGCAAAACUUAUUACAUUUAUUGACAAUUACGUUAGAUCCAAUUAUAACUCUAUCAACACGGGCUUCUAUUUUUCAUAUAUUAACAAUGCUUUUGUGUUAUUUUCUACUUCUGUUGGAUUUUUACAGGUUCUAAACUUUUUGCCAGGAAAAGAACGAACAGUUACUCCGCCGAUGACCUCCAGUGCCGUUGAGCUUUCGGCCUCCCCGACACUGCCAGGACCCGGGCAGCAGUCGAGGGCCAGAAAGCUGCAGUACAACCCGUCCUCCCCACCCGCAACGCAGACCAACGGCUCACUUCAGCAGCAACAUUCAAAGCAACAUCAGAU